AUGUCUCAUUUUGACGCUUGGCUACUUAUCUUUGCUGCUCGAAACAAUACUUGCUAUGGACUAUCUUUUCCCAACUUAAGGGCUAUGCCUCAUGUAGCCGCCGCAGCACCUACAGCGAGCAGAUCAUUUAGGUCUACACCCCCGACGAAUGAAACGCGUUUUGGCGACCAAGAUAAAGAGGAACGAGCUCAAGGCAAAAGAAGAUCGGCGUUUACGGAGAAGCUGACGUACAAGUUGGCGCUAAAAAUGCAGGUUAAACCCGAAGACUUCUUCACGCGAAUCCGUUUCUCCGAGACUGUCGGGAUGCUUGACGACAGCACAGAGUUCAUGAGCUGGCUUCAGUAUGUACUUAGGUACAGAAGCAAAAUGGGAGAAACCUCGUUCUCAGACGCCAUAUUUGCCGCCUUGCUACGAAAUGCAAAACCGGAUGAAGAGGUAUUGGAGCUGCUUCAAUCCCUCCGCCGAGUCGACGGCAUGAAGGGUCUUGUUGAUCGGCUGCAGACGCACUUGUUUGAAACGUAUCCAUCCAUGCACAACUUGAUGAACGGAGCGUGGCUGCAUUCCCGGCAAAACCCCAGAGAGCUGUUCAACUUGGUACUUCCCCCAAACGGUUUCCAAGACCAGUAUCUUAUUCAAUGGCUCAGAUACACGGAGAUGUACAAGACAGCGAUGGGGGUCGAUUCGUUUCCCGUAUCCCAGAUGAAUGAGCUCUUUUUGAGGCAUUGGUCGAUUCCGAGUUUGGUUGAACGUCUCCAAUCGAUCAAGAAUAUCCCGGAUUUGGAGAAGCUCGCCGAAAGUAUGCAAGCUCAGGUGUUUCACGGAUUAUACGCGAAAUCGACACCGAAAGAUUUCCAAAAUCGUUGGGUGUCACCGCUGGUGACAAAGAGUGAUCCACUUUACGGCACGCUAAAGGAGUACACCUUGUGGUAUGCAGCACAGCGAGGUGGGGAGGGCACGGUGGAGCGAGUGAAAACGUUAUUCGGCAAAAACAAAAUUAAUGCUGCUCUUGAUGCUGCUGCGAACGUACAGCGAUGA